AUGGCAAACGGUACCUCUCGACAGCAACCCACUUCCACGCCGGCGUCGCAGGCUCGACGCUCGACCAGGUUGUCACUCCGGAAUUCUAUAGUUGGGCCCGGUCGAACUUUGCGGCAGCCUAGUAAUCGUCGUUCCAGCAGGCUCAUCGACCCAAGCCUGAUCGACAAUUUCAACUGGGGCGACGAGUUUGAUCUCGAUCGUUUCGGUGCAGACAACAAGCCACAGAAUGGGGACGAGCUGACCUUCGACGAGUUUGAUUUCGAGGACCUGAACCCUGACUAUGCGAGCGGACAAGCCCCCAAUGGGUUGGCUGGUGGGCAUGUUUCAACGAAUUAUUACGACAAUCCAGGCGUUGCGGUGCCGGGCACUCCGCGUACUAUGUCGUUUCCGUUCGCCAACCAACAGAUGGGUUUGCCGAUGGCCCAUCGGCAAGCGACCGUUCCGCUCACUCCCGUCGUAAUCAACGGUCAUACUAUGCUGUUGUCACAGGAUCAAGUCAAUGCCAUGAACACAGCGCUGGCUGGACCGCAGGCGAUGCUGACGGACGGGAAGCGUACUUCUGUGCCCAAGUCCCCCCAACUUCGGAAGCAUCGUCACAGCCAGCUUCAAGGACAAGUGGCAUACAACGAUCCCUUCGUGGGCGCAGAGCAUGUCGAUCCGGCACUGCUUGAGUUUAGUGCGCAUGACUACUCCACGUACCCUGAGCCUAAUGCUCAACACGGUAGUUUUGCCGCAGUUCACCCACCGCAGCCGUACUAUCAGCCCACACAUUGGCAAGGCGUGCCUUCGCCUGGCGGUAGACGCCUCCACUUCCAACCACCCGAGCCUGAAUACGUGCAACCGGCUCCCCAGCAGAAGGUGAGCGAGCCUGCUCAAGACUUCGGUUUUCCUGAUUGGUUUGCUAACGAGAAUCAGUCCGGCAGCACUACAACAUAUGCGUCCCGCAACAACUCUUCUGGGCACGGUCGUAGAGAUUCUCCUGUGAACCCCAAGAAAAGUUACCGCCAGGAUAAAGCUCAUGUAGCUGAUAAGCGGGUCUCCGUAUUCGAUCGCGAUGCGAUCCACCAGUAUCAGAAGCCUAAGGUCGCCGCCUUCAAUCCUGAAGUUCGCAUCAAUAAGACUACCAAGGGCCUUACGACGCGUACCGCCAAGAUCAAUCAGUAUGACCCCCGCAAAUUCUAUACAUACUCGCCCCACCCACUUGGUACUCCGGGCCAGCCGCAUGGUGCUCCUUGGCAUGGUCGAUACGAGCACAAGUACCGGGAUUCCUCGUUGAAGGAAUACGAAGGCGACGAUGAAGUCGCAAUCUACGAGCUGGAAAACCGUGCAAUGACUACGGACCAGAUCCAGGACUUCAUCUUGAACUACCCUUCCAGUCGCAACAUUUUGACGCUGCGGAUCCAAAUCCAACCCGGUGACUCUGGACGCCGUUAUCGAGGUAACGCUGACAAGUGCCGCUUUGAGGAAUGCCCGCUACGCCAGGGUCAACUGCCCGCUACAAUCAAGCACGGCUGGUACCGCGUCGCCUUUGACGAGCGCAACGACGAUACCUAUGAUCCGUUCGCCGCCUGUUGCGGCUUUGCGCAUCUGUACUGCAUGGAGCGUUUCCUGGACUUUGAGUACAUUUGUCGUAAGGCUAAUGUUGUCGUCGAUUUCCGCUCACACAUGCGAGGCGAACCCAAGGGGACUUUCGCUGCCGCUUUUCAGGGCAAACAGAACUACGCAGGUCAACUUGCCGACACCUUCAUUCACUUCGCCCGGGAAAAGGCGCAGGGCAAUGUGCCUCGGCAGCGUGGUGACAAAUCUGGGGUUCGCCAGAUCUCCGAGUUCGCAAACUACCCUGUUCAUGAGCCUUACUCCCAGAUGGUGUGGGACCCUUCUUAUGCCUUUGAGAACACGCUAAGCUACCAUAUGAUGCUCAUCAUGGAGGCCCACCGUCCGGCUGCCCAGCUAACUCAAUUUGCCGGAAAGGGCCUUGGGCCUAGCCAGAUGAGCGUCAAUCGCGGUGAUCUGGCCAUGGCAGCUGAAGCCGAUAUUCGCGAAAAGAAUCUCAAGAAGAUGAACAAAGCAAAGGGCAAGAAGAAGGGCAAGAAUGUUGCCGAGACAUAUGCUUUUGAUGGAUACUCCAUGUUCGACAUCGAGGUUCGUAGGCGGGUUGAGCGGGCUGAGCUCGUGUUGCAACAGAAGGGCCUGCUUAAGCGGACCGACAACAAGCCCACGUUUGAAGAUUACGAAGACGACGAAGAGCAGAACGUCCCUCUCAAUCAAACUGGGAAGAAGCCGUGGGAGGUGGACGACGAUGAGAGCGAUGUUGAGGACAUUGGCCGGCCCUUCCAAACCGGCACGCGCCGCAGCGAGCGCAACGCGGGCAAGCAGCCAAACUAUCUUGACCAAGCUGAUAUUGGCCGAGACCAUGAGCGCCAGCCCGGGCGCCCACUCAAGCGUAGUUUCCAGCAGUACGAGUACUCGCAGCACAACACCGGCCAGGCUCAGCAGUACCUGCAAAACACCUACGUGCCGUCUGGAUACGCCCAAGACUUUGUAGAAGAGCAUGUCCCCAAGCGCAAGCGCUCCUCUAUUCCGCCUUCAGGCUAUGCUCGGGCUCAUUCGUACCGCCCCGAGCCAACCCCUGAACUGGCCGGUCAUGACUAUCAGGUCGGCUUGGAUCACCUUGGCCUAGACAUCAACCUAGCUCCUUCGCCGCGCUCGCCAGAGUUUCAGCGCAAACGCUCUUCACGCAUUGAGGAGCUGCUGCAGCAGCAGCUUUCGGGAUCGUCUAAACGUCGCCUCUCAAGCAACGCGGGUCCGGCCCGCUCGAACAGCAUCAUGCGACACUCAGGCUCUCGUGCGCCCUCGGCCACUAAGCGUCGCGCGUCCUUCAACAGCCAGCCCGUGAGCCAGCAGAAGAUGUUCAAUUCCGAUGCGCCGCCGCAUAACGUGCAGCCGCGAAUGGUCAAGGAGCUUGAGGGCGACUCCCACUCGCUGCGGAGCUCGAAGAAGGGCGAUUAUGCUGGACGCACUCUGCGCUCAGGUCGGUCGUUGGGCGGCUCAACCUCUGAGUAG